AUGCAGAGCUUCAACUUAUUCAUCGUCUUCGCAGUGCUAUUGAUCAACACUCAAUUCUAUGGUGCCAAUGCCUUCGGGUGUCCCAACCCGGGUGCUCCUGCAAACAGGAAAUUUGCUUAUUGCACCAGAACAAUCACUGCUGAUGAGCAUAAGGCUGAUCCAAGUCUGAAGGAUUUCACUAUGUUUAAGGAAUUUCUCAAACUGGGUGAUGGCUAUACCUGCAGCAAAAAGGUGUUGAAGGGUAAACCUGCCGAGUUCAGCUAUUGUUGUGACGUUGAAGGCCAAGUUGGACAAGUUUUGGGAAGUCCUGAAAGCAUGUGGACCAACAAAUGCAGCCAAGUGACAAAAUGA